GCAUGUGUACACUAAAAGUAGGCGUGUCAGCUCCUGCGAAACACAGCUGCUGUUUGAUUCUGUCCAGGUGCUCAUCUGAAGGUGGUAGAGAUGGCCCACAAUUUCCACAAAGUCAUAACUAGACCGAAGAAGCCACCAGAGCAAUGGGCUCACAUAGACAGGUCUCAGGCGAUAGAGAAGUGGGGCCGAAUGAGGGAGACGACGACGGAACACUUCAAGUUUACUCCCAGAACUACUCUCUAUGCCUUCUUCUGGGCGUUUGUUGUUCCGUUUGGCGUGUACAGCCUGGUAAAAUGGGAGAGAAGAAGGAAAGACAGACUGGCCGGCAGGGAAGAGAGACCACUGCUCUAGUCUGUGUAACUGUCGUCCUGUAAUAUGUAUAGUCAUCAUCAGAAUUGAGACAUGUCAUC